AUGAAGACACGCAAGACUAGCUCAAGAAAAAGAAAGAAUCCCAAAAGAACUUUGAUAAACACAGAACAGAAGGAAAGAAGCAAACAUCUAAAGAAGGAAAUAAAGUUGCAAAACAAGUUGCCAGCAAAGGCUGCUGCUUUCAAGGAUCUGUAUGAGAAUGUUGACAUGCUGGAGGGCCAAAGAAACGUCCACAGGAUAGCCAAUGCUAGAGACAAAGCAACAAAAGACCUCACACACAUUAAGCAAAUUGAAGAUAGAAAUGGUAAGGUUCUAACAAAGGAAGGGGAAAUUAAAAGUAGUUGGAGAGAGUAUUUUGAAAAUCUCCUAAAGGAAGAAAAUUCCUGGAAUACCAUUGAGGAGGAAAUAGCAAAUGAAAGAGAAGUCCCUAGGAUUAGUCGGAGGGAAGUGAGGCGGGCACUUAGUAAAAUGAAGAAGGGUAAAGGAGUGGGGCCAGAUGGAAUACCAGUUGAAGUAUGGAGAUGCUUAGGAAAGGAAGGAAUUAACAUAUUGUGGGACUUGUUCAAUAAGAUCUACCAGCAGGAGAAGAUAUCUGACGCCUGGAGAAACAGCCUGCUAAUCCCCAUUUACAAAGAUAAAGGCGAUAUCCAAGAUUGUACCAACUAUCGGGGCAUAAAACUGAUGGCUCAUACCUUGAAAGUUUAUGAAAGAAUAAGAGAGGCAAGGCUAAGGGAUGAAACAUCUGUAAGUGAAGAACAGUUUGGGUUCAUGCUAGGAAAAGGAACAACAGAUGCCAUCUUUGUAUUGCAACUAGCCAUGGAAAAUAUAGAGAAAAAGGUAAGGAACUACAUCUAG